AAUGGCGGCGUUCGAGAGGCAAAAAGGGGCAUGCUUGUCGCAAGUUGAUCUUAGUAAGAAGGGGAGCAUAGAUGACCGAAUCAUGGAAUUAAUACAGUACAUUAAUGCUAAAGAAAACUUUUUCACCACAAGUUCUUGUUCUGGGAGGAUAUCCCUUUUUUCAGAGCUGGAAAAUCAGAAGAAAAAACAAUGCGAGUGGCUGUAUGUUACUCAUGAUGCAGCUGUAAAAGAAGAAGUUAUCAAUUCCUUGAAGGACUGUAAAGGAAGUGCUGUGUUCAAGUUUGAACCAUUUGUUUUACAUGUUCAGUGCAGAGAUCUUGAAUGUGGACAACAAAUGCUCAAAGCAGCACUAACAUCUGGCUUUAAAAAUUCUGGAAUUGUCAUUGGCAGGAAGGCCAAUGUGAUUGUGGCAGUAAGAAGUACACAGACCAUAGAAGUGCCACUUGUUCAUGUGGGAGAACUAAUGGUCUCUCAUAAGUAUGUAGAGUUCCUGGUGGAUAUUGCAAACAAGAAACUUGAUGAUAAUCAAACAAGAAUAGACAGAUUUUUCACCAACCUCAGUGACAUAUUACAUAAUCACAGCAGCAGUGACAGCACAUCUCAGAAAACAGGCCCAAAACAAACUGCUGAGACUAGAAAAGAUGAUUUGUCUACAAAAGGGACAAGAACUUCCCAGAAAUCAAAUGCUGAUGACUUUGUACUUUUCAAUGGCAAUGACAUGCUAGACUGCUUGUCCUCUUUCUAUGGGGAGGUGUCAUGAUCAUUGUUAUUCAAGUCAGCUUUCAGUAACCAUGUGCAGUCAAGUCCAAAUCAAAGAAGAGUAACUUCUCGCCAUUCCCGUGGCGAAUGAAUUAAAUUCUAUAUUCUAAAAUUCUCAUUAGACAGUGUAAUCAGAAGGGGGAAAAAAUGGCUCACACCUCUUCAUUUUAUAAAUAAUAAGGGAAAAUGUUGUUUUUCAUCAGAAUAUGGCAGUUGUUGGAGAUUUUUCCUGCAGUAUUGUUUAAUUCCUAAUUGAGAGUUGUUACGGUGAAAAGGACAAGUGAGGGCCAGUUGCUGCAGGUUUCAGUCAACUGUAAACACGUUAAUUUGAUUGACUGGUCAUUGGUAAAAUGACCAAUCUUAAUAGAGAUAGAAAAAAGUGGACAUGGAGAAAAAGCCAGAGUUUAAGUUUCCUCAUGCCUGAUUAGCUCUUUCCUUGAAGCACAAACCAUUCACUGCUUUCCGAGUUUCAAUGUGAAUAUUAUAUCCAUGGUAGAAGUUCUUUCAAGCUCUGAAGCCAGUUGACUGCCUGUCACGAGUCUUUUAGAGGUCCAGCCAUCUGCAGGGGCCUUUUCAUUUCCAAAGAGUACUGCUCCUACUCUGGAAGUUCAUCCCUAAUAUCUAAGCACACUAGUACACAUAUUAACCCCAAGUGGAGAGGGUCUCUUGACUAACUGACUGCCACAAAUACCUGGUUAGGUGAAACCGAGACAGAAUUCAAUAAUAUUUUGUUUAUUUAAACUGUUCUCAAAUUACUAUUUAGUAUGAUACCAGCAGAGGCAGCGCAUCAGCAUUUGACACGAAACAUCAUUCUAUUAUAAUUUAAACACAUUCUGUUGCAAUCGUAACAUACAACACUAAGAUUUAACCAUUUCCAUAUAGAAAAGUAAACUGUUUGCAUUCAAACUCCAGAAACAUAAUAUCUCCACUAUACUUCUAUGAUUAUCAAAUUAUAUUAGACAUAACCACUAUGCAAAAUAAGGAAACAAAAGUAUGUACUUGGUGUAUAAAACAAUUUGGAGUAGCAAUAACAGGUUCUCCCAAGAAAAAAUUGAAAAAAUAAAGUUUACGAAUACUGAA